AUGUCUGCUGCUGAACCGCUGGAAAAGGUGCCCUCGAUGGAGGUGCGCAGGACAGGGACGAGCGAUGGCUCGGAACAUUCCAAGAAAAAUGACAAUGGAAUUGUUCUCAUCCCUCAGCCGAGUGAUGAUCCUGAGGAUCCCCUCAACUGGCCCCUAUGGAAGAAACUGCUCAUCUUCGCCGCCAUCUGUCUGGCGGGGUUUGCCGGCCAGAUGUCGCCCAAUUCCAACCAGCUCACCUUCGUAUACCAAGUGCCAGCAUACCACAAGACAGUCAAGGAUCUGCUCAACACGGUAGCUGCGGGUCUGGCGGGAUGGGUCGCGGGACCAUUCUUUAUGAUUCCCCUGGUGGCCGUGAUCGGACGCAGCUCGGUGGUGCUGUGGAGUUUGGUGGCCGUCUUCGCCUGUCAGAUCUGGGCGGCCGAGAUGACGGGUCCCAAUGACUAUAUCUCCUUCACGAUAUCGCGGCUGUUCUGCGGCAUGUUUGGUGGUGUCCCGGCUAUCCUGGGUAGCGGGUACAUUAUGGACAUGUUCUUCCUGCACCAACGAGGCAAGGCGUUUGCGAUCUUCGAGGUGUUGAUCAUCUUCGCUGUCGUCGGUGGUGGCACACUGGGUGGCUUCAUCGCCGAGCACAAGCCGUGGAACUAUGUCUUCUGGUGGACGUUGGGACCUGUGGGCGCGGCUAUUGUCGCCGUCUUCUGCGUCGUUGAGGAUACUACUUACUCCCGCGAUGGAUCGAUGCCUCAACGGGCGCCUCUGCCUAAGAGCUGGCUGGCAAACCGCAUUGCGACUUUCCUACCGGGUUUGAAAACAACCCCCCCCAAUAAGGGCCAGGAUUUUGUCCGUCGAGCCAUCGUGCCCUUCCAAGUGACCUUUGCACCCAUCACACUGCUCACGGGGACGUAUAUCUUCAUCGCACUUGGCCUCCCGAUUAUGCAGGCGUCAACGCUAGCAACGUUCCUGCAGCCACCGGAGGAAGCAGGCGGCUACGGGUUCUCGUCGCUACAGAUGGCGUUCUUCACGAUGACAGCGUGGGUGGGGAUCAUCGGGGCGCAGGUGUUCGGGUUCUUCUUCAACGACAAGAUCCCACUGUGGCUGGCAAAACGCCGCGGCGGCACUUGGCACACGGAGUACCGACUGGCGAACACAAUCCUGCCAAGCGUGAUCCUGCCGAUCGGGCUGGGGAUCUACGGGGCGGGACUGGAGUAUCAUCUGCACUUCAUGGUGCUGGCGCUGGGGUCGUUCCUGAUCUGGUUCGGGGCGUUGUUGGCGUUGCCCGUGUGCUAUAACUACAUCAUCGAGUGUUUCCUGAACAACCCCGUGGAGGCGUCAGUGUCGCUGAAUGCGUACCGGAUUUCGUUCGGCCUGAUGUCAGUGUUUAUCGUGACGCAGUGGCAGGAGGCGAUGGGCGUGGGCUGGAUGUGGGGACUGGGAGCAUUCCUCAUCGUGUUUGUGGAUCUCAUCAUGGCCGUCAUCAUUUUCAAGGGACAUCUGGUGCGUCAGUGGACGGCGACAGUGAGUCGGUCGAUUGCCGUGACGGAGGAUGGGGCGACCAUCAGUGGGAAACGGGGAAGUGUAUAA